UAUUUAAGCUAUUCUCUUCCAACUUCACCUCAAUAACUUCUUUGCAUAAGCCAUUUCAAAUAGAAUUAAUUUAACUCCAAAAAUUAUGACCUACAUAUAUUUCACUACUAAGCCUUAAGUUAAAUUUUCAGCUCAAAUUUAAACCUUCUUCUUGCAACAUAUGGAUAGCAACAAAAUUCUUUCAAGGAACUCUAUAAUUUCAGCCAUAAAUAUAUCAUUGUUAAGCUUUAAGAUCAAUUUCCAACUCAAUAUUGAGUUAUCCCUUCCCUAAAACAGUAUGGCAACAACAGAAUAGCCCCAUUUUUUGAAUUUUUUUUUCGCACACACAGAGUAAUGGCAGCCUCACGCACAGCAACAGCAACAAAGAUUUAUAAUUAUCUUAAUACCAUUUCAGCCAUUCACACGCACGGACACAAGGAGAAAAAAUGAUUUUGAACAGUGAAGAAGAACUGCCACCAUGAAUGAAGAAGAAUAAGCUUACCAAUAAAAAAAAUGAACCCAAAAGGAAGAGAUUUUUGCUCACCCAGAUCUUUUAUACCCACGUGAACCAGAAGCUAAGAGAAAGAAAGACUUUUCAUAAUUGAAUCAGCAGUAGAGGCGGACGAACAGCAGUAACUCGAGAAGAAAAUCACAGCUGAGGCGAACGAAUAAGCACAGCGUCGACGACGACUACACGAACAACGGUGCUGGCUUCGAUGGAGGAGGAAGAAGGUCGAGUCGGUUGAAGGGCAGUGCAAAAUCUCGGCGCUCCUCGAAUCUCUCUCUCUCUCUACUCCAGACUCAUCGAGAGAGAAGAAAGAAAGAGUUAAAAAAAAUUUGAUGAACUAAUGGCAAUUUGGUAAUUUUGCAUGACCAGAAAAAGAAAAAUUUUCAACUCUUCUUUUGUACUCUUCCGAAUUUGAACUAGGGACCUGAUAUAUGAAGACUUGCUCAACUACCACUAGACCAAGUUUCUAACUUGUUAUAUUUAUCCCAAGAAUUAAUAUAAACACACUUUAAAAAAAUUACCUAUAUAUAUUUAUUUAUUUUAAAUUUUUUUGUUGGGGUUAUUACACAGGCACUCAACUUUCAACCUGGGAAAAGAAACUUUAUUUUUCCAGGAAAAAAAUUCCCAGAAAGGCUCCACAAUUGUAGUCGAGGAAAUUUUGUGUCAUUUUGGGUCCGUAACAUAUUCCCGGUCAUUUUCCUUUGGAUUCUUGUUAAAGAUGACCAAGAUUAUGUCUACAAUUGUAAAUUCUCUGUGCACAUCAAUGACACCAUGCUUGAUUUUUCUUCCAAGUGGCUUUUACUAUCAACAGUAAAGACUGAUCACAUAUAUGUAUGUGAUAUGCAAAGCAUAAUUCCCAAUACUGAACUCCCCCAUGUAAAUAAGUGGAAUCAAGUGAAGGUCUCCAUUGAGGGCAAAACACAGGAAAGUAUGACAGGUGAAAAAGAUAUUUAUUUUGGAGUUCAUGUAUACGAUCUACAAAGUAACUUAGAAAAUAUUCAAUUCAUGGACCCUAGAAGAUACACUGAUCACAACUUAUGGCAAAAAAUACAAGAACAACCACAAGCAGAAGAACUCGAGGAAGAAAUGAGUUGGGAUUAUUCAAACUCAACGAAAUCUGCAGAGCCAAUUCAGAACAACCUGGAUAAUCAAGAACCACUACAAGAUAAGGAAAAGAUUGAAGAUGAUACCCAUCAAGAUUCAAAUUCAAUGAAAUCCAUAGAGUUACCGGAGAAUGUCUUGAGCUAUGAUGGAGGAAGGAUAUUCGUGAGUUUUGAAGGCAAAGAUACCCUUAGUUUCAUGAAGUCUCUAUAUAGUGCUUUGGAUUCUAAUGGGAUUGAGGCAUUCAAAGAUGGGGACAGGAUUGGAAGGGGUGAUGGCAUAUGCCAAACUUCACUCAAAGAAAUUGAAGAGUCUAAGAUUUCCUUCAUUAUAUUCUCAGAAAACUAUGCAUCAUCCAUACAGUGUCUUGCAGAACUUGUGAUGAGCCUUUAUUGUAAGAGAGCACAGGGCACUUGGGUAGUUCCAGUUUUCUACAAAGUAGACCCUUCAAUCGUAAAACAUCAAGGAGGAAGUUUUGGAAGAGCAAUGGCUAAGCAUGAAGCCAAAUUCUGUAAUGACAUGGAAAUGAUACGGAUGUGGAAGUUGGCUUUGCCUGAAGCAGCCAACAUCGCUGGUUUAGUGAUAAAUGAUGGGAAUGAAAGUGAUGUGAUCCAGUGCAUUGUUAAACUCUGUCGCAUGUUGCCAAGUCGCAUCCCUUCUAAAGCACAAACUUGACCACUGGCUAGUUGGGCCAAAAAAGAGCAGUCAAAGGAGAAAUUAAAUACUGGUUUUGUUGUUGGAAAAAAAGAAAAAAUAGAAUGAAAUGAUCAAGAACCUCU